UCAAAUACUUUUCUUUGUAUGGUUUCAGACUGCUUGUCUGUAAGGUGACACUCCUUACUUCACUAUUCCAACCUCCAGCCCUCCGUCUCACUCCCUCACUCCCCCUCCCCAGGCCGGUGGCAUAAAGAGUGGCUACCAGCCCACAGUUCUAUAGGGCUGGCCACUUCACAGGAGAAAGGGUCUAGAGCGAAGGAAAGCUAUUCUGCCUUGUACCACCAGCACGAGCCGGCAAAAGCAGAGCUUAAAUAAUAUUGAUGCUGAGGCUUCCCAAGCUUAGGCACGUACUCUCAGUUCACACACACACACCGAGGGGCACAAACAAACAGACCGCCGUACUAAAGAUGGGCUACAUUAAUGACUGGCCUAAGCGCUUCCUGAAAACCUUUCUGCAGCAGUUCAGUCGCUACAAGGUGGAGCAGCUCAUUGACAACGAGGCUGAGAAGGAUUACCUGUACGAUGUCCUGCGGAUGUACCACCAAUCAAUGGAGCUGCCUGUCUUGGUGGGGGACCUGAAACUGGUCAUCAACGAGCCCGCCCGCCUGCCCCUGUUCGACGCCAUUCGGCCUCUCAUCCCCCUCAAACACCAGGUGGAGUACGACCUUCUCACCCCCAAGAGGUCACGUAAGCUGAAGGAGGUGCGUCUGGAUCGUAGCCACCCCGAGGGGCUGGGGCUGAGCGUGAGAGGCGGCCUGGAGUUUGGCUGUGGGCUUUUCAUCUCGCAGAUCGUCAAGGACGGACAGGCUGGGAACAGCGGACUGCAGAUAGGAGAUGAGAUUGUGCGCAUCAACGGAUACUCUAUCUCUUCCUGUAUCCAUGAGGAAGUCAUCAACCUCAUCAAGACCAAAAAGAUUGUGUCCCUCAAAGUCAGGCAGGUUGGGAUGAUACCAGUGAAAAGUUCCACAGAGGAGCCUCUGAAGUGGCAGUUUGUGGAUCAGUUUGUGUCAGAGUCUGGGGAGAAGAAGAACAGCAUGGCGGGUCUGGUGUCUAUGGGAGGGAAGGAGAUCAAGGAGAAAAAGGUGUUCCUGAGCCUGGUGGGCACCAAGGGCAUGGGCAUCAGUGUCUCCAGCGGCCCCACGCAGAAGCCCGGCAUCUAUGUCAGUAACGUCAAGCCUGGCUCCCUGGCUGCUGAAGUGGGACUGCAGAUCGGUGACCAAAUCGUGGAGGUGAAUGGAGUGGAUUUCACCAAUCUGGACCACAAAGAGGCUGUGAGAGUCCUGAAGAGCAGCAGGAGUCUAACCAUCACAGUCCUCACCGGUGCUGGCAGGGAGUUGUUCAUGACAGAUGAGGAGCGACUGGCGGUGGAGGCACGCCGGGAGCUGGACAGACAGGAGCUCAUGCGCCAGAAGAGGGUUGCCCUGGAGACCAACAAGAUCGUCAAGGAGCAGCAGGAGAAGGAGAGGCUGAGAAAGAUGGAGAUUUCUCAGAAGACUGCGGAGGAGGAGGAGCGCUAUCAUAAAGAGAUGGAGAAAAUCGAGGCUGCCGAGCAGAAGCACGACCGGGAGUGGGAAGAGGACUGGGCGCCCAGAGAGCAACCCAAAACGAAAAGCCAGAAGAGUCCCUCCCCGGCCCCGCCUGAAACCAACACCCCGCCCCUCAAGUCCAAGAGCUCGGACUUGGGCGCCGGCUCCUCUCAGGCCGUCGACGACGACGACAGUGGCGAGGAGGGAGAAGAGCCGGAAGAGUGUGGUGAAGGCUUUCAGAAAUACGUGGAAGACUUUGAUCCCCACUCCAUGUUCUCGUCAGAGCAGAUAGCUGGGCGAGAUGUGAGACUACUGCGAAUCAAGAAGGUUGGACCACUGGAUCUGGCUGUGGAGGGGGGUGUAGACUCCCCCCUGGGAAAGCUGGUGGUAUCUGCAAUUUAUGACGGAGGCUCGGCAGACAAGCAUGGUGGGAUUGUGCCAGGAGAUGAGGUGAUGGCUGUGAAUGGGAAGAUCCUGACUGACGUCUCACUAACUGAAGGCCAAAACUCUCUGACCAAGGCCUGGAACAGUGGAGGGGACUGGAUAGACCUGGUCAUAGCGGUGUCACCCCCGAAAGACUACGAAGACGAGGUGACGUUCUUCUGAGUGCCCCCUGACCACCCGGACAAACAAGCCAUAACCACCAACCAACCAUCCCUUUUAACUGCCUUUCAUAUAUUUCUUAUAUUUCACUAAUCACAGUCAGAAUCUUGCAUUAAAAUGU